AAUAGAUUAAAGUUAGCAACUCUAUAAAAUUAUCUUACCCAUUUUACUGCGUGCCUUUGUAAAAAAACACACACUAUAUACCGUGUAAAGAGGAUACGCGUGUGUCACAUUAGAAGGGACACAUUUAACCCCUAGACUUCGAAUUCGACUCCCUAAGCAAUUAAUAAAUUGUACCGAUGACAAAAAACCAACAUUGUCGUGAGACGGGACGUGCCAACCCAAAUCUUGCCUGCCGAGCCAGAUCGGGUGCAAUUUCACAUAAAUAAAAGAACACUGUAUGAGCGGGUAGGAUCAAGUAUCAUCGAGCCCGAUCGGAUUUUACCCUUACACCAGGAGCGCUUAAUUGAUAACCAUCAGUGGCGUGCUUGAUUUAUGUUCGCAAUCGUGGGACUAAAUCGGUUAAAUAUAUUUUACAUUUCCCCGAUGGUCUUUGUUAACGUUUAUAGCUUAAUGAUUGCGUAGUAAACUGAAAAACAUAUUCUGUCGAGUCAUUAUAGCCGAAAUUGUUUCAUUAAACAGCAUCAAGACUCGGUGUUUUGGAUUCAGUAGAAUGUGCGCAUGUUAUUUAAGAUCUGUAGGAUUUAUCUAGAUUGUAAACACUGACAAAACAUUCACCAAACAUCCAGGCGAGAGAAAAAAAAAACGAACUGAAAGUUCUGAGACGUUGCUGUGAAGAUGUGAAUUCCGGAUGCAAUAUUUAGAUUUUCGCUCGAUAUCGUAGGAAUUAGCUUGAAAACUGUUUAUCUAAGACGCUUUAGCCGCGAGAAAGGGAGUUUACACUGAGAUCUAAAUAUGAAAUACUGAAGAAAGAUUGAAUAUUUCACGUGAGUGGGUUUGAUCAAUAAUAGAUCGCAGGAAAAAUUGUAUUGAGACAAAAUACGUUACUUCAUAGACAUCAGUUUAGACAUUAAAUUGAUGGACUAAAAUCAACAAUCAAGGAGAAUCUGCAAUCUAAGGCGUGUGCAAACAUUUUCUGUUGAUGAACAGAGAACUCCAAAGAGGAUAAAUGUUAAAGGACGAACCAAAAUGACAUAUCAAGUUUAAUACUGAAGACGAUAUAUAUGUUCUUGUUUCAGGAUAUUAUUUUAGAUGGUAAAGUAACAAACAGACAAACUGAAAACGGAUACACAUGUGACUUGUGUGUGUGUGAAUGGGAACGUUUAGACCAUUGAACAAGAAUGUGAUGAUAAAAGAUAUAGCAUACACGUGGAUGCAAAUAUUGAAUGAAAAUAAAAUAUCACAUCAUGCAAAAUUAUUCAAAUUAAUGGAGAAACCCCGCUCGCUAUUUUGUAUACAGUGUUCCAUAAUCCACUGAGGUAUUGCCCUGAGUAAGGGAGUAUAUUAUUGCGCUUGGAUGGACGGGCUUUAUCAUCAUAAUAUCCUUCAUUCAUUAAGACGCAAGGAAUGUCCAGAGGAUUUCAACGCAGGACUUAAUAAACACACAGCGAAUUAAAUAAGAUUUCAUGUUUGAGUCGCAUCGAGAGAGCGCAGUAUGGAUUUUACAUUAGUCUCGCCCGAUUGAAACUUCGCUCACUCGUGAAAUGCGGGUUUGCUGAUGAACUUUGCGGAAUACACAGGCAUCUUUGGACUGAAUGGUGAUCUGUUAGUCUACCAAAACGGCUCGACGAAGCGACAAGCACAGACACUGGUUUAUUAAGUGUAUUUUGGCGAAGUGCACAAAUGGACGAUUGACUGCAAAUUUUUGUGACACCGCGUUCUGAAUGGGGACUCAUUGAAACGAUUGUGUGCGGAUAAACAUUACAGACCGGCUUCGUAGCGCGAUCUUCGGAGAUUAGUCACUGAUUGAAUAUCGGGAUGAUAGACUGGUAAUUGAAUAUAUUGACUGAACGCUUUGCGUCCCGCACAGAGAGGCAUAUUUUACGAGCUAAAUCCUCUACUUGAAACACGCCAAAGAAAACGUUUUAAUGAGUGUUUAAUUUUCACAAGUAUGCGCGUUUCUUCUUGAAAAAUGUUGUAAAAUGGGGAAAAUUAUUUUGUAUAAAUUGACCAAAGUAUCUGAUCUGAAAUCCUCUAAUUUUAUCGAGUAUGAUAUGAUGGAAUAUAUGGAAACGGAAAACGUCACCGUAUCUCAUAAUACCGUAAUAACUAUGACGUCGGACUGUAUUCACACGGCAACGCUCGCGGUGUGCACAGUGCUCGUGAUCUUCGUGCUGUUUCUCGGCUGUGCAGGAAAUGGAAUCGUCUUGUUUAACGCGCUGACAACCAAGCGGCACCGGCACGCCAGCGACCUCCUAGUGAUUAAUCUUGCCGGCGCAGACUUCAUAAUGUGCACGUGCCUUUCGCCGAUGUUCCUUUUCCUUUUGUUUUCAACGUCAGAAAUACCAAAAGUGUUUUGCGCGAGCAUUUUAUUUCUUGGAGUCACCAGCGGCCUUCUGUCGCUGCUGAGUCUCGUCUCAGUCGCCAUGCACCGGAAGUGUCGAGUCGCCGGCCUGUUGCGCAAGUCCAUGAGUUUAUCGAAGAUUUCUGUCGUUGUCGGCAUAAUCUGGAUUAUUAGCGUCACCGUUGCCGUCGCCGGAACCCUACACGUGACGCUUUUGUGGAAAGACGAGACAAUAAAUGAGUGUACAAAUGUGAUUAAUGGAGGUAAAAGUGGUAGUUUCGUCCUGUACUAUCUGUCACCGGUGACAAUAGUAGGAUUAUUAUUAAUUUGUGUGUGUUACGGGAGCAUAGCGAGCGCCGCCCGAGGGCAUCAAAACUAUGGUCAGUUAGGUAUGGCCCCCAGGGCAGGCGGUUGCCAUAGUAACACGAAUUGCGUGAACCGCAAAAUUGACAACCAACAAUUUUGUGCUGAUAAAUGUUCAUCCCCUAGUCCCGAUUCAAGUACUGAUAAUGGAAAUAAAGCCUUAAUUAUGUGCUUCGUCGUAACUCUUACUGUUUCAUUGUGUUGGGGACCAUUAAUUAUGUCGCAGUUUGUUCAGAUCUUUACGGGGGAAACUAUUAUAUUGUACCAGGUUAAAUUAUGUGGCAUUGCUUUGAUAUUUCUCAAUAGUGCCUUAAACCCUUAUCUUUAUGGUCAGAAUAACUGCAAGACGAAACAUAGAUAUAUUAAAUGGUUAUACGCGUGUGCGCGCUGCGAAUAUUCCCUACCUAUAAAGCACAAACUGAAACAAAACUUGGAUCACGAACUUGAGCAGUGUCCCCUUAAGGGAUCGCCGCCAAACCAGGACGAUACGGUGAGCGGCCCGAUUUCCGGCCCCUCGUGCAACUCGUGUAGCGACUGUCGCGUCACGGACGCUCUGCACGCGCGCCAGUACCUGACAAACAUCCGGUACGCACAGCUUCUUAUGACCAGUUUCCGGGACUCGUUUGCAGUAAAAACAGCGCCCGUGGAAAACGUGUGAAAUUGAUCCGGUUAUUAUUUUUAUAUUAACCGAUGUUGUGUUUUUUUAAGAAUGUGCCAAUUUGAAGGACAAUCGAAAUUGAGCUUUGCUGGUACUCGAAAAGAUUCCUAGUGAAAACUUUAAUUUCUUCCAAUCAUAUAAUUUAUUUAAAAUGAUAAGUCACUAAGAUGUUCGUGCAUAAAUUUAAAAAUCUUUGGUCCGAGUAUUGGUUUAUUUACAUUGUACAAAACUAGACAAGCGUUGUUUAAAUUAUUAUUUUUUCGACAUGUAUAAACGUUAGUACCCUGUCAUUGGAUUUCGCAAAUGCACUUUGAUUUAAAGUGCAUCUAAGUAUAACGUUUGUUAAGAUUGCUUUUAAAUAAUUUGUUAUAACAGUACCAUCGACAUUGCUCGUUUAAUAGCCUAUACAUUAACGUUUGUGAUUAAACUUCCCUUGUUAAUUAGCGAGUUAAUUAAUUGUUCACCGCAUGUUAAGCGAGCGUAGCCAUUUUGUUAUUAUAUUUUUAAACUAUGAUAUCUUACUUUAAAAAAAUAUGUUCCGUUUUUUUUAUGUUCCCUAUGUUUACUGCUUGCGCGUAUAUCAUUUUAUAUCGAUAUGGCUGAUUUUAGAUAAUAAAACUUGUUUUUUUGGUUUC